AAAAAGCUUGACAGAGCGGGACACAUCUUUCCCAUGUGUUUUGAAGUAAAGAGCAGCUACCCUUUCAGAUGAGAUAUAAUAUUAGAAGAGAGGAGGGGAUGUGGUGGUUUAUUCGCGAUGGGAAAUGUUUUCGGCAGAGAGAGACAACCCAGUCGAGUGACAGAGCAGGACAGGGCGAUAUUGCAGCUGAAGCAGCAGAGAGAUAAACUGAAACAAUAUCAGAAGAAAAUCACAUUACAGUUGGAGAAAGAGAGACAUCUGGCCAAACUGCUCCUGAAGGAUGGCAUGAAAGAGCGAGCUCUUCUGCUGCUCAAAAAGAAACGCUACCAAGAUCUCCUGCUGGACAAGACCGAGGUCCAGAUCGCCAACCUGGAGCGCAUGGUUCAAGAUAUUGAAUUUGCUCAGAUUGAAGUAAAGGUCAUCGAGGGUUUAAAAGCUGGGAAUGACUGUCUUAAGCAAAUUCACGAGGUCAUGUCAAUUGAGGAGGUGGAGAGAAUACUGGAGGAGACGCAGGAGGCCAUUGAGUAUCAGAAGCAAAUUGAUGAACUGCUUGCGGGUUGGUUGACAGCAGAGGAUGAGGAUGCUGUUUUAGCCGAGCUGGAGGCCAUCACUCAGGGAGAAGACAUAACCCUUCCAGAAUUACCCACAGAUCCAUUGCCAGCGGUGUCUAUGGGAGAGACAGAGAGAAAAGAGCCGGAGCGAGAGAUGCUGGCAGCGUAAUGUGUGAUCUUACAACCUGGCUCAUCACUUUGGUCUAAAUGAAAGGAAGAGCUAGAGGAAUAUAAUUGAGAGAAAAGAAGGCUUUCGUGGGAUUAUUGAAUAGGCACAUGUCAGAAGCAUUUCCCACGGUCAUGGGAAACUUCAGGGAAUGUCAGGGGGGAUUUACUUUUUGGGAUUUCCAGACUUGAAAAAGUCAUGAAUGUCAUUUAAAUCGUAAGAAUUGAAAUGUAUUCACAAACGAUUCGAAUCACUGGUCAAAGACAUGGAAUCCCUGUAGACCAUAAAUGCUGUUGUGACAAAAACAGAAGAAUCAAGUUGCUUUGGAUAAAAAACAUCUGUAAAAUGCGUAUAAAUGACAUGGUUUACAGUAACAUUCUACAUUAAGUUCUUCUAUUAAAACGGCUAUUAGUUUUAGUAUGUUCACAUUUGAUUUAAACUAUGAACUAUGAGAAUUUUUAAGUAGCAAAUUUCAAUACUUUUCCAUAAAAGCACAUUUACAGAAUCUGUUUAAAUAAUGUGUUUGGUUGUGUGUGUUUUUUAGUCUUUUCAUGUGUGCAAUAAAUCCUUCAAGAGCUUGGGUUAAAAUCUGUGUAUUUUACAAUGUAAACUAGAUUGAUUUCGUGGCUGUGCCACUUGGAGGUGUGUUAGCAUCACAUGACCACCAGGGGGCUCUUUAUAUCACUAAUUGAGAGGAAAUAAAUCUGUGCUGACAGAUAAACAAAACUGACAAUCCUCUUCCGAUGGCUUAGUUUGUGUUUGCAAUGUAAACCUUCUGUUCAUGAAUGGAAAUUCUGAAUCUGUGCGUGUUAUUUUAUGUCUAUCAGUUUUCUAUUGAAAACUACUUAUAGUGAUCACAAACGAGUGGAAGAGUCAUGGAUAUUCACUGGUAAAGUAUUUCCAUUGAAAAUUUGUGAAAAACAAUCAGAUGAAGUACUACUAUACGAUCUAAGUGGUUUCUUUCCAACGAACUUUACACAUUUAUCUUAACCAGUGUGUAAGGAAUUUGCUCUGAAAUUGAUAAAUAAAAGAACCUUUUUUU